AAAGUUUACGAGAGUUCGCCAUUUUGACAAGCGGAACACAUCUACAUGUACGAAGUAUUUUAGCUUGUUUUUUAGGCUGAUUUUCAUCACAACAAAGGAUCGAAAGCAGUGAUGGAUGCUUUUUUGCGCGGACAAAGCUCUGCUAAGCAAAAGCAUCAAGCAAGCGAAGAAACGGCCGGGACUUCAAGCAAAAGAACCAUCGUUCCUUGGGUUGAAAAAUACCGUCCAAGGUCUGUAGAUGAUGUUGCUUAUCAAGAUGAAGUUGUAUCUGUGUUAAAGAAGUCAUUGGAGGGAGCUGAUCUUCCUAACUUGCUGUUUUACGGCCCUCCUGGAACCGGAAAAACAUCCACCAUACUUGCAAUUGCAAGGCAACUGUUUGGGUAUGUACUUAUAGCAGAGAUACCAACCUAAAAAAUGAAAUCCAGGAGAUCACUGAUUUUACCUUCUCAACCUUAAAAGAACAUUGUUGAAAGUAAAGUUCUGCCAGUUCAACCACAAAAAUGUGUCAAAUUAAUAUCUAAAAAAUUUCCAGUGAAAUGCCAAAAAUCAGCAGAAAAGUGUUAAAAAUGUUGCUUUAAUUCUUUCCUUCACGUAAUUGGAGAUUUGGUGAAUUGCAUGGGAGACUGGGAGGCAGUGGUGGUGGCAGCGUGGCCUAGUGGUUAGAGCGCCGGAUUUGAAAUCC